AUGUUUGAUGGCAAGAAGAGUCCUGACCAGGCGGACCAAUGGAUGAAAGAUAUGGAGCGCAUCUUUGAGGCCAAGAGGUGCCCGGAUGAGAGCCGACUGGCUUUCACUGUCUACAUGCUCACUGGAGAGGCUGAGCAUUGGUGGGCCAGCAUGAAGCUGGUGAUGGAAGAGAAGCACGAGGAUAUCACAUGGGAAGCCUUCAAGAAGAGGUUCUUGUCUGAGUAUUUCCCUGAUAGCGUGAGGUACGCUAAGGAGGUUGAGUUCCUCCAACUGACACAGGGAAACAGGUCCGUGGCCGAGUACGCCGAGCAGUUCAAGCAUCUGGGGCGUUUCUACACCAUGCCACUAGAUGAAGAGUGGCGAUGCAGAAAGUUUGAAAAUGGUCUCAGAUGA